CCCAACAUUCACCUCUUAGGAGGACAAAUGACACGGGAAACGGUUUUAUAUUAUACGUUGCGUGCAAAAUAUCUUGGCCUGUCUACGCCCAUUCUGUUUGAUCUUGUCAAAUAGCUUCCUUCUUCUGCAGAAUCAUCAAUCAUACACGUUCGUUGUUCUCUUCCUAGUACUCUACUCAUCGUGUUCUUCCGUUGAUAUGACAAUUUUCUCCUUCUUCUCUAGAGCUUCCAGAGCUUUUCAUGGCUCCCCUGCAUAUUCAAAGCUUCUACUUAUCAGCACCCUCAGUGGCGGAGGUCUAUUGGCAUAUGCAGAUUCACAAUCAGACGUUGGCGGUUCUGUUGAGGAAUCACCAAAAAAGAGAGUUCUGGUGCUUGGAACAGGAUGGGCCGGCACCAGUUUUCUCAAGGAUCUGGAUGCUUCAAAAUAUGACGUUCAGGUUGUUUCGCCUCAAAAUUAUUUCUCAUUUACUCCUUUAUUGCCUAGUGUUACAUGUGGAUCAGUUGAAGCACGAAGCAUUGUUGAACCGGUUCGGAACAUCGUGAAGAAGAGAAAAGGUGAAAUUAAGUUCUGGGAAGCUGAAUGCCUUAAGAUCGAUGCUGCUAACAAGAAGGUUUUCUGCCAGUCUAAUGUUGACAAUAAUUUGGUUGGCAAUAGGGAGUUUGCCUUAGAAUAUGACUAUUUAGUAAUAGCAAUGGGAGCGCAAGUUAAUACUUUUAAUACUCCUGGUGUCAAGGAAAACUGCCAUUUUCUCAAGGAAGUGGAAGAUGCUCAGAAGAUCCGCAGAGGUGUGAUAGAUUGCUUUGAAAUGGCUGUGAUUCCUAGUCUAAGUGAAGAAGAGCGAAGGAGAAAUCUUCAUUUCGUUAUUGUUGGAGGGGGUCCCACUGGAGUUGAAUUUGCUGCAGAGCUUCAUGACUUUUUUGAAGAAGAUUUGGUUAACUUAUAUCCUUCGGUUAAAGAUCUAGUGAAAAUUUCAGUAAUUCAAUCUGGAGAUCACAUUUUGAAUGCGUUUGAUGAAAGAAUUAGUUCAUUUGCUGAACAAAAAUUCCUAAGAGAUGGCAUCGAUGUAUACACAGGAUGUCGAGUUGUCAGUGUAUCUGAUAAAGAAAUUGAGAUGAAGGUAAAAUCAACUGGAGAAUCCUGUUCGAUGCCGCAUGGACUAAUUAUCUGGUCUACGGGUAUCAUGACUCGUCCUGUUGUGAAGGAUUUCAUGGAGCAGAUUGGCCAGGGUAGUAGACGCAUUCUAGCCACUGAUGAAUGGCUUCAAGUGAAGGGCGCUCAAAAUGUGUAUGCCAUUGGUGAUUGUGCUACAAUUGACCAACGCAAAAUUAUGGAAGAUAUUGCCACCAUAUUUAAAGCUGCAGACAAAGAUAACUCUGGUACCCUGACAGUUACAGAAUUUCAAGAUGUUCUAGAUGAUAUUCUCAUAAGGUAUCCUCAAGUAGAGAUAUUUUUGAGGAGCAAACAUCUCCGCGAUGUAAAAGAUCUCUUAAGGGAUUCUCAGGGACAUGAGAAUGAAAUAGAUAUUGAAGGAUUUAAGUCAGCUCUUUCUAUUGCCGACACGCAGAUGAAAAGUCUGCCUGCUACCGCACAGGUUGCUGCCCAACAAGGUGCGUAUCUUUCCAGGUGCUUCAACCGCAGAGAUUAUUGCACUGAGAAUCCUGAAGGUCCUCGACGUUUUAAGAGUUCUGGACGUCAUCAAUUUCUUCCCUUUCGGUACAAGCAUUUGGGACAGUUCGCUCCUUUAGGAGGAGAACAAGCUGCUGCCGAACUCCCUGGAGAUUGGGUUUCCAUGGGUCACAGCACUCAAUGGCUCUGGUAUUCUGUAUAUGCAAGCAAGCAAGUCAGCUGGCGCACAAGAUAUCUAGUGGUAUCAGAUUGGACAAGAAAGUUCAUAUUUGGAAGAGAUUCGAGCCGCAUCUGAAGCUAACCGCUAUCUUUUCUUCGAGUUUAGUGUUUGAGUGGCGACAACAGAGAUCUCAUAUGAUAUGUAUAGAUAUCAAAUUUUAAUUCCUGACUCUCUCUCAAACAUACUAUCAUCUUUCAUCACCCUUUUGUGUGUAACAAACUAUCAUUGUAUUUAUUAUUUUCGACCACCUGCAAAAAAAAAAAAGAGUUAAUGGUAGCAUUUCUUUUUUCUCUUGAGAAUAGAAAACAUGGGUUGUGUUUUA